GUGUCCUGGAUCGGAGACCACCCUCCACCACCGCUGGGGGUGUUUGAGCUUCAUUUCUUCCUACGGAGUACAUCUUCCCUUAUCCUAACGGUCAGAGAGGAUCUAUACACCUGCGAAGGCCUCCAUUGAAUGUCGUGCUCAGAUCAUCUUCUGUCCCUUGCCGCGCCCCUUUUCGAUCCUCGCCCGCCAAUCACAGCCGCCCGUUGCGAUCGAUUCUUAUUCUUGGGCCAUCGACAUCAUUUCCCAAUCCUCCCACCACGACGUCUCCUCUCCCCUCCUCGUCCACCACGGCUUCUCCACCACCUACGCACGCCGCUCGGCUCCCUCGGUCGUCGUCCUUCUCGAAAACGACGCCUAUCGCGCCACCACCGGACCCUUCCCUAUCAUCGCCCCCGGCUAAAGCGGCUGCUCCUCGUCCCCCGCGAGGCCUCCGCGUCCGGUGCCGUUCCUUCGAGGCCCAUCAUCCCGCAGCACUUGCAUCGGCCGAUCGGGUCGCCGCAGAGAGCUCCUCCCAAGCUCGACUUUCGUACCGACGAAAGAGUUCCUGGAUACCCCCCACGAUCUUGCGACCGCCGUCGGUCCGACUUGCGAAUCCCGUCAAUUACGUCCCUCGCAUUACCCCGGUCACGGUCCCCCAUUUGCAGCAAGUAUCGGACGAGAACCUUCCGCUCGAAGCGCAACGAGACGCCUACCCUCUCCUGACCAUCCCCGAACGGCGUCGUAGUCGACCGACCCCGUCCCCGAACAGCCUGGUGGUGGAGCGCAGCCAGGGGGAAACGGAGAGUGGACGCUCGAGCAUCGCAGUGCCUCAAGGCCAGAGGCGCAGUGGAGCAUUUGACGAUCAUCUGCUGUUGCGAGCAAUGUCCGACUCGGCUGCAUCGAAUGGGGCUCAGGAGGCAAAGAACCCUCGUGCGCCGGAACGGGCACAUCUAGGCUUUGAAUUCGCGGCAGAUGGACCAGGGCCACUUCACGAUGACCGGCCCCGUCAUAUCCAGUCGCAGUCCUCGCUGCGGUCACAGUCACACAUCGCUUCGGUGCCAUCUAACACCGGCACCCACGCCGUUGGCGAGGCCGAUGUGGCGGAGGAGUUAGCAUG